AGGGAAAGAGUAACAGCUCUCAACUGAGAGGAAUUGCAAGAGGAGAAUGGAGAGCUUGUCUGCAGACAGUGGUAAUCGCUGCAAAGAAAUAUACCACAAUGAUCGUUAAGCUGUAAUGCUCAUCAGCAUGACAGCAUGAAGAAAACCCAUAAGCAGCCUUGAGUAUUAAUUGCAAAUAAAGGAGGCAUGUCACUUGAACAUGGAUCAUAGAGACAUAUUCGAUGGUUACGUACCAAGUUAUUUAGACAAGGAUGAGCUCUGCGUAGUUUGUGGUGACAAAGCUACAGGAUAUCAUUAUCGCUGUAUCACAUGUGAAGGUUGCAAAGGAUUCUUCAGAAGAACCAUUCAGAAGAACCUGCAUCCAAGCUAUAGCUGUAAAUACGAAGGAAAAUGCUUGAUAGACAAAAUAACUCGAAACCAGUGCCAGGAAUGUCGUUUCAAAAAGUGCCUUGCUGUUGGCAUGGCAACAGACUUGGUAUUGGAUGAGGGCAAAAGGAUAGCAAAAAGAAAGCUCAUAGAGGAAAACAGAGAAAAGAGACGUCAAGAUGAGCUGCAGAAAGCACUUGUACACAAGCCAGAGCCAAGUUUUGAAGAAUGGCAGUUGAUCAGAAUUGUUACAGAAGCACAUAUGGCCACUAUUGCACAAGGAAAUCAGUGGAAACAGAAAAGGAAAUUUUUGCCUGAAGAUAUUGGGCAAGGACCAGUAGUAAAUACACCUGCAGGUACCAAAGUGGACAUCGAAGCUUUCAGCCAGUUUACAAAGAUAAUUACUCCAGCAAUCACAAGAGUGGUGGAUUUUGCCAAAAAGUUACCUAUGUUUUGUGAGUUGCCAUGCGAAGAUCAGAUAAUUCUUUUGAAAGGCUGCUGCAUGGAAAUUAUGUCUCUCAGAGCUGCAGUUAGGUAUGACUCAGAAAGUGAGACUUUAACUCUGAACGGUGAAAUAGCAGUAACAAGGGAACAACUUAAAAAUGGAGGCCUUGGGGUAGUAUCUGAUGCCAUCUUUGACCUUGGAGUGUCCUUGUCCUCCUUUGAUCUUGAUGAUACAGAAGUUGCAUUGCUACAGGCUGUGCUUCUAAUGUCUUCAGAUCGACCAGGACUUAUUAGUACAGAGAGAAUUGAAAGGUGCCAGGAAGCUUUUCUUCUGGCAUUUGAGCACUAUGUCAACUGCCGAAAACAUAGUCUUUCACACUUCUGGCCUAAAUUAUUGAUGAAGGUAACAGACCUAAGAAUGAUUGGCACCUGCCAUGCAAGCAGAUUUCUACACAUGAAGGUUGAAUGCCCAACAGAACUCUUUCCACCUUUAUUUCUUGAAGUGUUUGAAGAUUAAAUAAUGGAGAGAACUGAGUCAGGGCCAGUUUCUUUCCAAAAGACUUUACUUCAAAACUACAGACAGUUUUAUUCCUUAGCUGUUACCCCAGCCUUUGCUCUAGAUGUGGGUGAAACUACAUCUUCAAUGCGGGUAUUUGUCAAUAAAGCAUUAUUUUCUAAUUCUAUAACAUUAAAAAAUAUGUGCACAUUAAUUAUUAGUCCUUGAAAUCACAAACACAUUUUCUUCUGCUCAUACCUUAUUUAUUACACAGUCAGAAUGUAACACAUGGUUAACUGUUGUAGUAAAAAAAAAAAAAAAAAAAAAAAACUGUUCAUUCUCAAAGGAAACAAAAUGCAUUUAAGGGAAAUGUGCGUAAUUUGCAAACCUAUCUACAGUUUAUUAAAUUAAUUUUUUGAUGCCUA